UGGCAAUAUGUGCAGACCCAGAGAGGAUCCCUUCUCUUCUGUCGCUUGUCUUUCUGUUCUUUUCUCCCACAUUCCCGAAAAGCUUCCGGCGGCGGAGGCAAGCCGCGGCGGCCGUUCUGUCGUGGUGGAGCUAAUCCAUAGUUUUAUUGCUGUAACAUAUAAUCCAAAUUGAAAUGGAUUCCAUCAUUCCCGACGACGGUUCCGCAGGCCCCCUCACUGUCGUGGCUGUCGAUAAAGAUAAGAACAGCGGCUCCGCCGUGAAAUGGGCGGUCGAUCAUCUCCUCCUUAGCAAUCCCUUUCUUAUCCUUCUCCACGUGCGGACCAAAUCAUUACCGAAUCAGAAUGGUUCUCCAGAUGCAAAUGGUGGAAUACACAAUGAUCCUGAUGCAUAUAGUGUCUUCAUUCCAUUUCGUGCCUACUCUGCACGCAGAGGGAUCAUCGUGAAGGAGGUUGUUGUUGAAGAUAAUGAAGUGCCGAAGGCGAUUGGAGACUACAUUAACACUAACCGCAUUUCCAACAUUGUUCUUGGUGCAUCAACUCGAAGCUCUAUAGCCAGGAAAUUUUGGACUCAUGAUGUGUCAACUAUUGUGAACAAGAUCGCACCAGACUUUUGCUCCGUCUAUGUAAUCUCAAAAGGAAAGCAACAAUCUGUUCGCCCAGCAUCGAGAGUUCUUGCUAACUUUUCAACUCCAACAUGGUCCCAAGUCUCUUCCUCGCAUGGUUCUAGGAUCAGCAGCACUGAUUCAGACGAUAGCAGGUCGUCAUCCUUUUUGAGGGGAGAGCAAAACAUAAGAUCUAGGCAAAGCAUGGAUAAAGAAAAUAUUUUUGAUGCUUCCAAUAGAAGGCCAAGGAAUUCAUCCAGCCAAAGUUCCAUUCUUGAUGAUUAUGAUGUCUUUGAGAAGAUCAGCGAUGGGUCCUCUUAUUCUGCAGGCCAAAAUUUAGACUUCACAAGAGUACCUGAAGCUAGAAGUGAUGAGGGCUCCUUAGCCGCUAAUAGUUUGGAAAGGGAGAUGAAAAGACUAAAGUUAGAGCUUAAGCAAACCAUGGACAUGUAUAACAAUGCUUGCAAAGAAGCUAUCUCAGCCAAGCAAAAGGCAAAGGAGCUUCAGCAGCUGAAGAUAGAAGAAUCCCAAAGGUUUGAGAAAGCUCGAAGUGAUGAAGAAGCUGCUCUUAGAAUGGUUGAGAUGGAGAAGGCUAAAUGCAAAGCAGCCCUUGAAGCAGCUGAGAAAGCGCAAAAGAUUGCUGAAAUGGAAGCCCAAAGAACAAAGUAUGCAGAGUUGAAGAUGAAGAAAGAGAGGGCAGAAAAGAACCGAGCACUAAAUGUCUUAUCUCAAAAUGAUUGUCGCUACAGAAAGUAUACCAUAGAAGAGAUUGAGAAGGCCACUGAUAAAUUCUCAAAAUCAAUGAAGAUUGGUGAAGGAGGAUAUGGGCCGGUGUAUAAAGGCAAACUUGAUCACACACCUGUUGCCAUCAAAGUCUUAAGGCCUGAUGCUGCCCAAGGAAGGAAGCAAUUCCAACAAGAGGUUGAGGUACUCAGUCUCAUCAGACAUCCAAACAUGGUUCUUCUUUUAGGUGCGUGUCCUGAGUAUGGAUGCUUAGUAUAUGAAUACAUGAGCAAUGGAAGCUUGGAAGACCGUCUGUUUAGGAAGGGCAACACUCCUCCCAUCCCUUGGGAAAUCCGGUUCAAAAUUGCAGCGGAGAUCGCGACUGCGUUACUAUUUCUCCACCAAUCAAAGCCCGAGCCGCUUGUCCACCGAGACCUUAAGCCAGCCAACAUCCUCUUGGACCGCAACUUUGUCAGCAAGAUCAGUGAUGUUGGUUUGGCAAGGCUGGUCCCACCUUCCGUGGCUGAUGAUGUCACUCAGUAUCACAUGACGUCAGCUGCCGGCACGUUUUGUUAUAUAGAUCCUGAGUAUCAACAGACCGGAAAGUUGGGGACUAAAUCGGAUAUAUAUUCUCUGGGAGUGAUGUUGCUCCAGAUCAUUACAGCAAGGCCGCCUAUGGGAUUGACCCACCACGUGGAGAGGGCGAUCGAGAAAGGCACAUUUGCGGAUUUGUUAGAUCCAACCGUUCCGGAUUGGCCAGUAGAAGAGGCUUUUCAAUUCGCGAAAUUAUCUCUGAAGUGUGCUGAGCUCAGGAAGAAAGACAGACCGGAUCUUGGUACAUCAAUAUUACCAGAACUGAACAGAAUGAGAGAACUGGGGAUGGCGAGCUUGUCAACUAAAAACUAUGACCAAUCCUUUGGAUGUUACAGUUGAAGAUCAAUUAAGCAUUCAAGCCUUCAUUUAAAUCAUCCUAAAUUUCCAGCCCAGGCGGGUUAUUUCUUUAAAUCAUCCUUUGAUGACAUCUUUCCCAUGCUCUAAAAUUUAGUGUUCCUUUUUGAGGCUUGUUUAGGGUGAAACAUAUCAAACCUCCCCCUUGUAUGUACAUAAAUUUUGGGCAUUACCUCUUUGUGUUUUAAAGAUUGAAUAAAACACAACUAUGUUUUGACUACCAU